CACAAAACUACUUAAUAAUCGUUUCCCGAAACUGAUGGCUGACGAGAAGGUGAAGAAAGCACUGGUCGAAUGGCUUCUCAGUGACCCCAGUGCUCAGGCCUCAAUUCUCAGCACUUAUGAUGUCAGAGACGACUACUGUUUGACUGAGUUGUUGGCAUUUAUGAAGAAAACCAGUGCUGAGUAUCCGCUUCUCAUUGGUGACGACAUGUCCACUCAGAUUAAGAUUAAAUUAAUCUUAUUCUUAGCAAAGAAACACAUGAAGAACUACGACUCCACUCACUGUACAAACCUUCCGACCCUACUGUUUGAGGAACCGUUUGAUUUGUUUGCUAUCUAUAAAGCGAAACAAAACAGCAGUUUAUAAAUUUAGUAUAUUUUUAAUUAUAAAGUUGUUUUACUAAAACAUAAUUUAUAGUCUUAUACGAACCGACAGC